CCUUUGUGCUAUUUCGGACUUUAAAUAACAAAACACCCAAAUAAGAAUCACAUAGAAUCGAAGAUAUCAAAACUACCUCACAGCUUUGCUGGUAAAAUCACAAUUUCACUGGAUUGUAGUAAAUACUUAAAUAUAUUAUUCUACAUUAAUUUCACAAUCCUGUAUUAUCUGUUAGUAUUAUCUAUAGGAAGUACAAAAAUGAUUUAUAAAAUUAUUUGCGUAAACGUUUUAUCUAUUUAUUUGUUCAACAGAUUUGGCAUCGUGGUAGGGCUAAACUUAUCUGGUACCGAUGUUUAUUGAUUCUUAAAUGCAUUAAAUCAUUUUAGUGUUCCGAAGUGAGUAGGAAUAUUGGACCAUUUUAACUUUGCAUUAGAAGCACCUAUGAUGAUAUGGAGGUAAACGAAAUUGAUUGCCUAGAAUGAGCCCGACGAAGACCGAAACAAAAAGAGGAUGCGUCCGACCGCCACAUUUCGAUAUACUAUGGCUCCCAAAAGCGGCUAUAAAGUCGAUGGAGGGCGACUCGUCCGAUUGCGUGUUGGUGGUCGGCGUGUCAAGACCAAAGAUGGCGUUAGCAAUACUCACAAUCAUGCUGAUCUCGCUUUUCUUCACCUUCCAUUUGAUCUACGACAGUGCCCUUAACAGUCUCCAGACAAAGAACGUCGAACAUGCAAGGCCUCCAGUUCUUCUUCUUUCCAGAAGGUUAUAUCCAGCAGCAGCCAGAAGAUUACCGCAGGCUAUUAUUAUGGGAGUAAGAAAAUGUGGUACCAGAGCACUAUUGGAAAUGUUGUAUUUACAUCCGAUGAUUCAAAAAGCAGCUGGAGAAAUACAUUUUUUCGAUCGAGACGAGAAUUACUUUAAAGGCUUGGAAUGGUACAGAAUGCAGAUGCCUCACUCGUAUCCGGGACAAAUAACUAUUGAAAAGAGUCCUAGUUACUUUGUCACACCAGAAGUCCCCGAACGUAUCCGAGCCAUGAACGCCAGCAUAAAAUUGCUCCUGAUAGUUCGCGAACCCGUCACUAGAGCUAUUUCGGACUACACUCAACUUAGAGCUAACGCAGCAACUGCUUCCCCCGCCCUUCCGACUCCCCCGCCGAAAUCCUUUGAGCAAUUGGCGCUCUAUUCUAAUGGGUCCAUCAACGAGGCCUAUCGACCUCUGGCGAUCUCGCUGUAUCACAACUACAUGCACAGGUGGUUAGAAGCUUUUACUAGAGACCAGCUUCUAAUAGUCAACGGAGAUCUUUUAAUCGAGGACCCCGUUAGUCAAAUUCAAAAAAUCGAGAGGUUUUUGGGUAUAGAACCCAGAAUAGGAACCCAUAAUUUUUAUUUUAACGAAACUAAGGGCUUUUACUGCCUUAGGAAUGAGACAUCAGACAGAUGUCUAAGAGAAACCAAGGGCAGGAAGCAUCCUAGAGUCGAUCCUGAAGUCAUUUCACGGCUCAGGAAAUAUUUCGGGGAACACAACCAAAAAUUCUACGAACUGGUAGGGGAAGAUCUCGGUUGGCCGGAGGAAUAAUGUUGAUUUAGUUUUUAGGUUAGUUAAAUUGUAAUUUUUUAUACGAAGAAUUGACCGAUUUUCGGUAAAAUAUUGAAAGUAUCCAUGGUAUUUUUAUAAUUAAACUUAAAAAAAAAGUUAAAAAUAUAUUUAGUAAUUUUUAUUUCAUAGUUAAAUAGUUUGCUUUCUUACGUGAUGUAAAAUAGGGAGCUUAAGG